GCGCGCGCGCCCGCGUCUCAUCAUUAUUUCGUUCGUUUUCAGUACGGGAGCCGCACGCUCACCACGCGCCUAAUCAUGACUUCCGGAGUGGCGGCAACGGAAGGCUCGCCUUUGUCCGCGGACACGAUAUGCUCUCAGAAAAAGACCAACGAAAACAACCGACGGAGUAACAAGCCGAUAAUGGAAAAGAAACGGAGAGCCAGAAUCAACAAUUGCCUUAACGAAUUAAAAUCACUUAUUUUGGACGCUACUAAAAAAGACCCAGCCAGACAUUCCAAAUUAGAAAAGGCUGAUAUAUUAGAAAUGACCGUAAAACACCUAGAGACGAUGCAAAAGCAAGGCGUGGCACUAUCAGCGGCUACCGAUUCUACAGUGGCCAACAAGUUUAAGGCCGGCUUUUCCGAGUGUACGAACGAAGUGAGCCGAUUUCCCGGACUUGAGCCUAACGUCCGGAAACGGCUUAUCCAACACUUGAGCACGUAUUUUACUAAAGAAAACGGUGGUGGCGUUAGUGAAAAAUCACCUCGGCCCCCUUCGGAAACGGCCAACCUCCAACUACACCUAGACUCCAACCAAAACGCCAUACUGUUGGGUACAACCGGUUCGACUUGCGGCGUUCAACUUGUGCCCACCAGAUUGCCCAACGGCGACAUCGCAUUAGUGCUGCCGUCUAGGUCUGCCGAACAAACGACGGCGCCUCCGCCACCACACCCAAUGUCACUUGUCAUGUCACCCACUCCUCCGUCCACACGGUCUGAAUCGUCGGGUACUGAUUCGCCUAACCCCGACAGACCUUCUUCGUGUUACUCUAUGGGCAGUUGUGAUAGCUCGGAUGCGUACAGUCAGUCGGACUUGCCAUUGGCCUUGGUGACCAGAAGAGAUGAAGAAAAGUCCAUCUUAGAAGAACCGUGGCGGCCGUGGUAGCCAUUUCAAUUUGAUCUUCAUUUUUAUCAUCUUCAUUUAAAAACCGAUUCUCAUUAAGUAUGAUUAAGUUUUGUUUUAUUAUUAAUAUUUUUGUUUUUUUUUUCAAUUUUGAAAAUAUGCGCACACGUCAUUUUGCUCAUUAGAAAAAUGUUUCAAUUCUUUGUGCCAUAUAUUCAAGUUGAUAAAAUCGUUAAAUUUGGAUUUAUAUAGAAGAAAAAAGGCUGGUAGUGCAUAACUAUUUCAUAAGACAGUUAAUAUAUAUGUAUAUUUUUUUUAUGUUAUCAUUUGUCAUAUUUAAACUAAUUAUUUUUUUAAAUCAUAUUUAAGAUGACCACUUGCUUACACAAUAAAAAAAACAGGAUUCGUGCAAUUAUUUCAUUGAUUUAAUUUCCCUAAUCAAAUAAAAUUGCCGGGCAAUAGUGCAAAGAGUGUAAACAAUGUUUGUGGUUCUCUUAUUCAAUUGUCAUAUUAAUUUGUGUUGAAAUUACCUCCAUUUGCCAUUAUACUUAAUAAGCAAUGUAUUUCAAAGUUUAAUAGAUAUGUGCUAAAAUUGAAUUUUUUCAUAAUACAUUUGUCUUGUAUAAAUAUUAGUAAAAACUAAUUAUCAGGUUAAGUAAAAUUAUUUAUACUUAUGUUGUUUUGUUGAAUAUUGUAUAAAUAUAGAGGAAUAUAAGUAACAUAUGCUCAUCCUAUGGUCAUGUAUUCGCCUUAACAGCAAUAAUCACUUUGUCUUCCAUUAAUUAUUUUUUUGUAUUAUAAUAAGCUUAACUAUAAAACGCGUCAUAAUUUUAAAAAAUGUAUUUAUUUCUUAUAUUGUUUUAUUUUAUUAUUAUGUGAAAUAUUUAUAAAAUGUCAUAAGCGAACCUAAGUACCUAAUAAAAGUAUGUUACAAAUUUCAUGUGAAA